AACCUAGUCAACAUGGAUUUAGGCAGUUAGGACAAAGGAAACAGCUCGUGAACACUUUGAAUGUACUUUUUACGCUUUGAACCUUGGAAAACAUUAGUGUUUUCCUGAAAGAGGCACGGUGACCACAGCAGCCCUGGAACGCUGCCGGGGGAGUCUGCCUGAUUACUCAGUAUCACGCAGGAACACGACACCGGCAGUCCAGGAGAGACCAAACCAUGUCGUCGCCGGGGAUGGACGAAGCAUCCUCCCUCCAGUUAUGCAGGCUUAUGCUGCCAGACGACGCCAAUUUUAUGGGUAACGUUCACGGCGGCAUCAUCCUCAAGAUGAUCGAAGAAGCUGGAAGCAUCAUCGGCACGAGACACUGCAACACACAGAAUGGAGACCGAUGUUUAGCAGCUCUGGUUCGGGUGGAGAAGACGGAGUUUCUGUCGCCUGUGUUCAUCGGCGAGGUGGUCCACGUUAACGCCGAGAUCACUUACACAUCCAAGCACUCGCUGGAGGUUCAGGUCAAAGUCAUCGCUGAAAACAUCUUGACAGGUGCAAAAAAGCUGGCCAACAAGGCAGCACUGUGGUACGUCCCCUGUUCUCUGCAGAAUGUUGACAAGAUCAUGGAGGUGCCUCCUAUUAAGUAUGCUAGUGCAGAGAAGGAAGAAGAAGGCAGGAAGCGCUACGAAGCACAGAAACUUGGGAGAAUGGAGACCAAAGCGAGGGUUGAGGAGCCAAUGCCGCUUCGACCAAACCUAGAGGAUGCACCACAGGAAAGGCACACAGUCGGCUUCAGCCAGUCCAGCCUGAUCCAUUUGGUGGGGCCUUCAGACUGCACAGUAGUUGACUUUGUUUAUGGUGGUGUAGCCAUGAAGCUGAUGGACGAGGUUGCUGGAAUUGUUGCCUUUCGGCACUGCGGCACAAACAUCGUCACUGCUUCUGUGGAUGCCAUCAACUUUCAUCGCAAGAUUAGAAAAGGUUGCGUGGUGACGGUGACGGGCCGGCUCACGUUCGUCAGCAACAGGUCCAUGGAAAUAGAAGUGCUGGUGGAUGCCGAUUCGCUGGUGGAGACGCAGACAGGAAAAUAUCGUGCUGUCUCAGCCUUCUUCACCUUCAUCUCGCUUGACAAGGAAAAUAAACCGCUAAAUGUCCCGCCUCUAAAGAUUGAAGGAGACGAUGAGCAGAAACGUUUUGAAGAGGGCAAGUCACGUUACCUCCAGAACAAAGCGAGGAGACUUGCGGAAAAGGAGCGUCAGCAGUGACAUUGUGGCUCAGCAGAAUCAAAACCCACGCAGUACGCACAUGUUACGACGGAGUUAAUGCCUCUCUGUUACUGUAGCCUGUUAAACCGCAUUCUGUGACCCCAUUUUGCAGCAGCGCUACUCACCAAAGUGUUCCCGUAUACAUGUGUGCAAUAUCAAUGUCAAAGUAAUAGUACUUUUUUUUUAAGUUUAGGGAGAGUUUUAUGACUGCACUGUAUGUAAAAUCUAUUUAUUAUUACUGUUUGUAUUAACUGACAGUGGGAUUGUAGAAAUGCUAUAUCGUUUUGCAGGAUCUCUAACUAUACGCAUUUGGCUUUGAUGUCAGCCCAAAGUAAUACUGAGAGUGGAAGAGAAAUGAUGAAUAAGUGAGUGAAUAAAAAAACCAAACAAAAAAGA